UCCAUUGUUUCGUUUUCCUUCUAAGAGACUACAGUAUUAACACAUAUUAUUCCUUCUUUACCUGUCUUCUUUUUCCACUACUUUCUUUCUGACUCGUUCUCUCUCUCUCACUCACUCACUUAUUGUCAUUUUCAUUUUUUUGGUUUUCUUGUUUUUCUUCAAUGUCUCUUAUCUGAGUUGAUUCUCCCUUGGACACCUUGUAAUUUAUUUUUCACUUCUGAGAUAAUGUAGUCUUUUUUGCCCAUUUUUUCCUCUGAGUUCAGUUAACUUUUUUUUUUUUUUUUGUAAUUUCACUCUGGGUUUUUAUCUGUUUCUGUUCUUAGUUUUUAAAUUUCUGAUUCAACGUGAGUUUUUUUUUUUAAUAUAUCCUUAAAUGCUUUUGGAUAUAUUUAAUUCUGCUUGGAGUAUAGACUUAGAGUUUUUUCUGCUUCGGUUUUUUGGAGAGGAAUUUUCCUCAGUUGAAGAAUUCUCUUUUUUAACUUUCUUAUAAACACGUGGAAAUCAUUAGACUUGAAAAAUUUUGCAAAUCUCAUGAGUAUGAAAUGGUAUCUCGUUGUUUUAAUUUUAUCUUUCUGAUUAGGUAGGGUUGUUUAUCUUUUCAUAUUUAUUAGACAUUUAUGUUUCCUUUUUAUUGUAAACUCAAAGGGUAGAGCUGCCAUUUACUGAGGUGGGGCAGAGACUAUAGGAGGAGCAGAUUUUGGAGGGAGGUCAGGAGUUUGGUCUUGGACAUGUUUACAGCAUCCAAUAGGCUGUUGGAUAUGUAAGAGUGCAGUACAGAGGAUAGGUGAGGGCUGGAGAUAGAAAUUUGGGGGUUAUUAGUUUAUGAAGAGUAUUUAAAGCCAUGAGACUAAAUGAGAAUAUAGACUGGGGAGAGAGUGUAGACAAUGAGAGGUCCGGAGACUGAAGUCAUUGUUUAGAGGAUAACUGGCUUCACUAUUUAGGGUUCAGAGUGGUGAAGAGGGAGGUGGGGAGAAACCAGUAAAGGAGACAGAAGGAAUUUAAAGGUAGGAGGAAAACCAGGAAAGUGUAGUAUUCUGGAAUUCAAGUGAAGAAAAUGUUUCUGGAAGGAAGGUAUGAUCGACUGGCAAGUGCUGCUGGUAGAUCCAGGAGGAGGAGGAGAAAUAGCUGUUAGAUUUAGUGACAUGGAUUUCAUGAUUGAUCUUGACUAGAGCAGUUUGGUGCGGUGGUGGAUUAGAAGGCGAGAUUGGUGAGGGGCCAAGCAAGAAUAGGAGAGAAAUCAGAGUGACUGUCGUAUAUAGGCAGCCCUUUGAGGAAUUUGGUUAUAAAUGGAGAAAGAGGAUGGUAGUCCCAGGAGGAUGUGGUUCUGGAGAGUUGGGAGCUUCACCAGAGGGAAGUUGUAUGGUGAUGGGAAGGAUCUACUGAAGAGGGGGAAAUGCUGUGGGAGGAAGAGGAAAAUUGCUGGAGUUGGGUCUUUCAGCUUAGUUAGAGGAUGUGUCCACUGCUGUUCUGGGAGAGAUGGCUUCUUUUCGCACCAGUGUCCUCAUCAGCAUCUUCCUUGGAGUGAAAGUCUCUGCUGUCCAGUCGUCUUUCUGUGUUCAAGGGCAGAUGGGUUCAUUCACUGCACCUGGCCCUGUACAGUUCACUCUGAAGUAGCAGCAUAAACCAAUGUAUCUACUGUUAUUGACAUCACCUUCUCCCCAGUAACAAACCCUGCUGGUGUUUAGUCUUUUCUUUCUCUCUGUCCAUAAAUUUUAGAAAGAAGCUGGUUCCUUUGAUGAAUUUUGCUAGUCACAAAUAAGUUAGUUUAAAUCCAAGAUUGGCACAUUUUUUUUUGCAAAGGACCAAAUGGUAAAUAUUUUAGGCUUGGUGGUCUACAUAUAGUUGCUAUUACAUAUUCUUCUUCUUUUUUUUAACAACGCUUUAAAAAUGUAAAAACCAUUCUUAGGUUUUUACUCUAUGGUUUAAGUGAACUCUCCUCCUUUCUUAUCCAUUAAGCUCCUGAGCCCAUACUUUUCAUUACUAGCUUAUGUGCCCUAAGCAACUGCAAGCAAAGUUCACUUUUUAAAAAGGUUUUAUUGAGAUAUAAUUUACAGGUUUAAAGAGUGCAAUUCAGUGGUUUUUGGUAUGUUCGCAGAGUUGUGCAACCAUCUUCAUAAUAUCUGAUUUAAUUUCAGAGGGUAUUCAUUGCCCCAAAGCUAACUUUUUUAUAGCUUUGAGGUAUGAUUUAUAUGCAAUAACAUUUUUGAGUGAAGUUUGAAUUUUAAUAAAGCUAAUUUUAAUAUUAUCAAAGGAAAAUACCGUUUUUUAAUGUUUAUUUUGAGAGAGUGAGCGUGAGAGCGUGCGCGUGUGGGAAGGUGAGAGAGAGAGAGAGAGGGAGAAAGAGAAUCCCAAGCAGGCUCUACACUGUCAACACAGAGCCUGAUGCGGGGCUUGAUCCCACAAACCGUGAGAUCAUGACUUGAGCCGAAAUCAAGAGUUGGAUGCUUAACUGACUGAGCCACCCAGGUACUCCUCAAAGGAAAAUAUUCUAAGUAAUACUUUUGUUUUUGAGCCCCACAGAAUUACUAAAUCUUAUUUUCUCCCAUGGGACCCCCACCUUUUUCUUUAAGCCAUUAGUUCUGUAUUCCUUGGACCAACAGCAUCCAUAUCACUUGGGAACUUGCUAGAAGUAAGGCUCACCCUUGGGGUAGGGCCCGGCAAUCUGUGUUUUAACCAGCCCUUCAAGUGAUUCUGAUGCACACUGAAGUUUGAGAGCUGCUACUCUAAAUUCUGUUGCUGAGUGGAAUUGCUGGGUUAUGGCAUAUGAGCAUGUUCAACUUUAAAUGGGUACUGUCACCUCCUUCCAAAUUGGUUAAUGCUCAUGUAUACUCCCUAGCAGUAUAUGAGAGUCCUUAUUGUUCUACAUCCUCACCAACACUCCAGAAUGUGCAACUUUGAUUUUUUUGUGUGGGUGUGGAAUGGUUAUGAUCUUAAUUUGUGUUUACUCAGUUACUAAUGAGGUUGAAUAUCAUUAUGUCCAUAGGUAAUUUGAGUUUUGUGUUCUAUGAUAUGUUGCUAGGAGUUUUUUGCCUAUGAAAAUAAAUAUAGUUAUGCAAACAAAUAAUCACAAUGUAUUGAAAUCAUCGCAGAAUAAAUCUGGAAUUUCCAAGAAGGAAACUCAGGGGGAAAAUAACAAAGUCAAGGAAAGAAUCCCAGGGGAGAUGCUGGUCAAACAGUCCUGAAAGAAGAUUUGUCAAGUGGAGUGAAGGAAGACCAUCUGUGUGUGUAAAAAGUAAAUAGUGGCUCACAUGUCAGAGGAUGGCACGGUCACGCUCUAGAUCCCCCAGGUGGAAACACAGGUCAUUAUCACCAGUACCUAGAAAUUCUGAACACUACAAGCAAAGGUACUCUCAUGGGCAUUAUGGCUGUGAAUAUAGGAAGGAUCCAAAGAGACCCACCACUUGGCGAAUGGGCAGUGAGAAACAUGGACAGAGUAAACCAAGGAUUCCUUCUCGUGGAAAUAUACAUUACCGAUCUUAUGAACAUAGAUCACCUUCCCCAAACAUAAGAAGAACCUCUUCAGAAAAUGUUUAUACUUUUAAGCCUUACCGAGAAUACUUACCAGGAAGAAGAGAUGGUAACAGAGGAUUGCACUAUAUGCCCCAAUACUCAGAAGGUGUACCUUACAAAGAGAACCAGAGGAAUUUUUAUCCCCAGAAAGUACAAGGAAGGUAUAUUCCUGAUGACCACAGAGUUAGAGGAAGUGGAAAAGGAGGGAAGCCACCUCAGAGGUCAAUAGCAGAUUCUUUUAGGUUCGAAGGAAAGUGGUAUGAAGAUGAGUUGAGGCACCAGAGGAUACAAGAUGAAAACCAUUCUCAGUCACUUAGAAGAGGCUCUGAAGACUUUGAGAAAAGGAGCUCUUUUCAGAAGAGGUAUCCUGAGGAUCGUGAUUUCAGAAAAUAUGGACACACAUCAAAAAGACCUAACGACAUGGAGAGGUACGAAAACAGAGAUCCUGCCAGGAACCCACAGUGGAAGUUCGAGCAUUCUCUUCCGUCUUACCAAGGGAGGAAAGAGCAAUGGAACCUUGGGCCCCAAACUCAUCGACAUGCUCAGAGGGAACCCCCAGAGACCAGUUCGGCAACCAGGGUAUCCUGUGACUAUCGCCACAAACGUCCUAAGACGUCAGGUGGGGACCAGGACUUUUCUGCUGGAAGAAUUCCGAAGUACUCUAAGGAAGAAGAGAGAAAAUACAAUUCUCAAAAAGGCCCUGUAAAUAGACAGUCCAUUUGUCUUACUGCUGGAAGAGGGAGAGAGACUGAAGGUGGGCAAGUCCAAGAACCUCUCACACCACCUAAGAAAGACUGCACUGCCUCUACUCGCUCGCGCGAAAGUGACAUUGGCCUGAGACCCUACAAUGACAAACGGAAGGAGAAAAUAAAGAAAGACGGGGAUGGCGGAAAAGAGAGCAACUCUUCCAGUAACCAACUCGAUAAAAGUAACAAACUUUCCAAUGUGAAACCUUCAUCUGCCAGUCUUAGGAAGAAAUCACUUACUGUUAAAGUAGAUGUGAAGAAAACAGUAAAUACAUCCAGGGUUGCUUCUAGCUAUUCCACAGAGAGACAGAUGUCACAUGAUUUGGUUGCUGUUGGCAGGAAAAGUGAGAACUUUCAUCCAGUGUUUGAACAUCUUGACUCAACUCAGAAUACUGAAAACAAACCUACAGGAGAAUUUGCUCAGGAAAUCAUAACUAUAAUCCAUCAAGUUAAAGCAAAUUAUUUUCCAUCACCUGACAUUACUCUACAUGAGCGUUUUUCAAAAAUGCGAGAUACACACGCUGCAGAUGUAAAUGAAGUUAAAUCGAAUUCAGAUCCAGAAAUUCACAGGAGAAUAGAUAUGUCUUUGGCUGAGCUUCAGAAUAAACAAACAAUGGUAUAUGAAUCAGAACAGACUCUGGUCAAAAUAAUAGACCCAAAUGACCUACGACAUGACAUUGAAAGAAGGAGAAAAGAACGGUUACAGAAUGAAGAUGAGCACAUUUUUCACAUAGCUAGUGCUGCAGAGAGGAAUGAUGAGCAUUCCAGUUUUUCAGGGUUGAAGAAUAUUCAUGUUGAUGAAUUCCAAAAACCUAUAGGUUUUACAAAAUCAAAUUUUAGAAAAUUUAUUCAGAAACCGCACAUGAAUUAUACCAUGCAGGAAAAAGACGUCAUUACUCACAAACCCUUUGGAGCUGAGGGAAACCGUCAAAACACAACAAGCUUUAGAAGACCAUUUAAGACCAACUUUAGAGGUGGCAGAUUCCAGUCCCAUUAUAAAUCAGGCCUAGUACAGAAGAGCUUAUACAUUCAAGCUAAAUAUCAGCGUUUACGAUUUGCUGGCCCAAGGGGAUUUAUCACUAAUAAAUUCAGAGAAAAAUUACUGAGGAAAAAAAAGGGGUAUACAAACAUUGCCACCCCAGUCUAAUCUGGAAUUGUUACAAACGGAAACGACACUACAGGAUGGUAUUCGGGAGCAUCUCUUUUUAUCAGAAGUUAGAAUUGGCACUCAAGCACUAAUACUGUAAUUUCCUUGAUAACAUAACUUUAUUUUUCUGUAGCAGAAUGCUGCAACUUUUUUACACUUAACACUUGCUUUUAAAUUACAGUAUUCAAUGUAAAAGUUGUAUUAACUACAGUUUCUUUUGCAAAAAGUCUUACAAGGGCAUUAUUUGUUGAUGUGUUUUUCUCUGAGCAUGGUUUCAUAGAGAACUUAACUGAGUUACAUCCAGAUGUUUAUAUGUUUAUAUGUUGAAAGUUUUGCUUAUGUAAUAAAAACAAAAAAAAAGUACCUGAAUUGUAUAGUGUCUGUACAUGAAAGAACUUUAAACAGUGGCCUUAUGGUAGCAAAUUUUAUACCAGUUUUUCUUUUUUCUGAUGAUAGUUUGGCUUAUAACUUGAAGUUUGCUUAAGUUUCUGAAGAUCAAGGCCUAUAUAAUUUAUACAUUUCAUAUUAUGAUAUAAGAAGGCAAGAGAAAAGGUGCUUCAAAAUUUCCAUCAGGUAGUUAUGAGUGCACUGAAUUUUUAGUAAUUGGUUUAUUCAGUUUUUUCCACAACUAUUUGCUCUUUCCAAUUUCAAAAUGCUAUUGUGGAAAAUAUGUAAAGAUUUUGUAAUCUCUGUUCCAUCUUAUUUUCCCCUCAGGGCAAGCUUGUGCAUAUCCUGUUUUUAAAGGCUUUUUAAAAAUCUGACAGACAAAAUUUCAUAUUUGGAAAUUGUACUUUACUACUACAGCAUUAUACAUUUUGCAAACACAUAAAGUGUUUAUUUUCAGUUCAGUUGUAUUGAGUACAUACUAUCAUAAGGUAAAAUUGAUGGGAUUUUAAAUAAUAUUUUAAGUCCCGGUACCUUAUUUCUUUAUGUUUUCUGUGUUCUGCUUAAUAGUACAUACACAUUCCCCGUGAAAUUUCUGUGAACUGCUUAUUUGUAAUAAAAUAAAAAACUGUUGCUCCUCCUGCUCGAAGAAGUUACUUGCCAGUUUGUGAGAACAUUAUUUUAAUUUCAGAUGAGAAUUACAGCCCUGAGUAGGACUUGUUGAUAUUUAAAAUAGUUCGGCACUUACAAAGGCAGAACUUUUAAAAUCAAAAUCUGGUAAGAACUUGAUUUCUCAUGACUGGAUGUGAAAAAUCUUGCUACAAACAUUUAAUUUUUUUUUUUACAUAUCUUUGUAAGAUAGGGCAGCCAUUUCCUUAGUGGGUCAGCAGUAAGUGGGGGCGAGAGUACUUGCAUUAAAAUUGGGUAAUAAAUUUAGGUCGAUGUCCUGUCUUAAUGCUGUGUACUGUCUCUGUGAGUCAGGUUUUCCAAACAUAUUGAACAUUCCACUUAUGGUAAGAAAGAAAUACAUGUGCACAGUAGUAUGACAGCUUUAUAUUGUGUUAGGUUAACUAUUUGGUCAACACAUGUUUAUUGCACAGGUCCCAUGCUAAAAUUAUAGCAAUGAACAAGAGAACAAGACACGUGGAGUCUGCCUUUAUGGUCCAAACAGUCUGAUAUGGAAACUGGACAUUAAACAUGGAAAUGUAGCUCAGUAGGCAGCAUUAAUUCUCUGGCUACAUUUAUUGUGGCACAUAAGGCUAAGGCAGUUGACUUGACCUUGAUCAUUCCACAACUGAUUUCCUCUUUAGGCAUGUUUGGAUAUACUUUUGGCAUCAUCUCAAUAUGCAAAGCAUGUUAUUUGCAAAACACCUAUUUGUAAUGUGGGUGUAUUCAUAAAAUAUUGAGUGCGUAAGAUUUAAAGCCUAAAAAGAAAGGCUUGCUGUAUAAUUUCGAGUAUAACAUAAGGACAGGAACUGUGUCUGUCUCGUUCACCAUAGUAUCCCCAGUUCCCAACAUCCUACUUGGCACACAGUAAGAACUCAUUAAAUAUUAGUUUAAUGAAUGAGUAACAAGUAGAAUAUGUUUUUUAGGAACUAAACAUCUAACUUGCAUGUGGAGGUUGAACAAAAGUUUAUCUUAUCCAUAGCAUUUUUUAUUGACUGAGAAGAAUUUGAAUUCUCCAAUGCAUAAGACUAUAAAAGAGAAGUUGUUUUGGUAAGUCACAUACCAUUGCCCUCUCCCCUUCCCCCCCACUGUAUGGUAGGUAUCCUCUUCUCGGCACUGGGGAGACAAAGAUAAUAAUAUGACAGAGUUCCUCCUCUAAGGAAACUCAUCAGCUGUUGGAGAAGAGAUUCACAAAAACAAAGAAUUCAAUAUAGAGUGUUAAGUGCUUUACUGCAGAUAUAUUUACAGAAGUUGAGAAAAAAAGUUGGCAUUCCUGGUUCAGUAUCCCCUGGUAACAUUUUCUUUCUUACUGAUUUCACAAAACUCAAAAGGCACUGUUCUGUUAGUGGUUUUGCUGGUUUUAAAAUUUUAUGGGUUGGGGAAAACUGGGUAAAGUGUACAUGGGAUCUUUCUGUAUUAUUUCUUAUAGGUCCAUGUAUAUCUACAUUUAUCUCAAUAUAAAUUUCAAUUAAAAAUAUAUACCCAUAAUCUUAUCACAGACAAAACUGCUAUACGUAUUUAGGAGGCCACAUUUUCUUUUUUUCUCUCUUGGAAAAAACUAUUAUAUUUACAUUGUAAUAAUUUAUGUAGAUGCAUAAUAUGGGCCACAUUUUACCCAACAAAUCCUACAUUUGUGAAGUUUAUUUUUUAUUCAUUCUCUUCUAAGGGUAUUUUUUUUCUUUUUUUAUGAAUAUAAUUUAUUGUGAAAUUGGCUUACGUACAACACCCAGUGUUCAUCCCAACAAGCGUCCUCCUCCCUGCCCAUCACCCACUUUCCCCUCUCCCCCACCCCCCCCAUCCACCUUCAGUUUGUUCUCUGUAUUUAAGAGUCUCUUGUGGUCUGCUUCCCUCCCUCUCUGUUUGUAACUUUUCUUCCUUCCUUCCCUUCUCCCCUGGUCUUCUGUUAAGUUCUCAAGAUCCACAUAUGAGUGAAAACAUGACAUCUGUCCUGCUCUGACUGACUUAUUUGUGAAGUUUUUUUUUUAAAAAGGAUGGAGAUACUUCUAGGCAGAAGUAGGAAAAGUAAAGCUGAAUCAGAAACUCACCUUCUCCAUUACCUAGCAAACUCAGUAAACCUUGGCCACAGAUUAACCAGCAGCAACCAAUCAAGGGAGAGGGGAGAAGAUGCUUUUGCAACAAGCUAUGGUGUGACUUCAACCCCGCCCCCGCCCCCUAAGUAGCACAGAGUAAAGAAACAAAGUUGGCGACAUCUUCGUGACAAGGGGCCCCAGUGUGGACAAAGGGAUUGAUGAGAUGACCAGGCCAUGCGGAGUCAAGUCAAGGAAAACCCUUGGGAAGAUGAAGUCAUUGCAGCUGUCUCAGGACCUCAGCAAAAGGGGAAAGAUUCACCGGGACAACGCACCUGCGGGUUCGCAGAGCAGCCUGGGGAAGCCAAAGCCUACAGGAUAAGAUCUACCUUUGGGUCCGGCGAGCCCUGAUUCUGGACACUUAAUGGGAAUCCAGAAGAGAGGGCAUACCAGGUUCCCCAACAGAAUUCCAGCAAAACGAAUGGUAUGAACUCUGAGUCCAUCAAAAUACAGAACUGAGAUUUAUUAAAACUGAGGGGUUAUAGUUGCAGAAGAGAAUGUAAAUGUUCAAAACUUUGACAAAGAACAAUUAGCAUACACUGAUCAAUUAGGACAUGGCGGGGGGGGGGGGGAGUAGGGUGAAGAUUAAGAACUAACUGCCCCAUCUUGCACAGCCAGGUGUCAUGUCAAGUUAUAAUGUCUAAGAUUGUAUUCUAUAAUAUAGAAAAAACCUAGUGAGCGACCUUAAUUUUUUCAGUCUUUUUCUUGACCUUAAAUGCACUGGUUCUCAAAGUGUGGUCCCCAAUCAGUGGCAUCAGCAACACCUGCAAAACUGUUAGAAAUCGAGAGUCUUGGUCCCACCCCAGACCUGCUGGCUCAGACUGGGGCUGGGGCCCAGCAGUCUGCGUGCCCUCCAGAGGAUUCUGCUUUGCGCUCAAGUUUGAGAAUCACUGGCUUCCGUAGUUCUUUUAGGGACCAGUAGCCCUUACGGUGAAGAGACAUUUAUCUCAAGUUCAGCAGCCCCUUUCAUUUUUAAGUUCUAUAGCAUUCAAACAAAAUUAAAACCUUUUAAAAUAAAAAGUAUAGCGAUUCCCACCAUCAAUCCUGUCUGUGCCUAUGAAUCAAGAGGUCUGGAAACAUGCCCACUGUCUGUUAACACUGGUGAUUUUUUUUGAGUGGUGGUAUUAGACUGAGUGACUCUGUGUUUUCUGUAUGGACUGAAUACAGUGAACAUUGUAUCAUUUUUAUCAAAUAAAAUCAUUCUUUAAAACAAAAAAAGUGGUAAGGAUAUUUCAUCCUCUCCAUAGCAUAUCUCUUACCAAAAUCCACUUAUGCAAGUUUUACCUCCAAGGGCUGCCUCCUUUAUCUUAGUCCGGACGGUCUUACUCCUUGCCGCUCCUCUUCCCACAUCAAGACGCGUGGGUAAGCUUCCUUAAGUAUAUGUUGGGUUGACUUUUUAAUAACAAUUCUUGACUUAAAAUGUUUAACAUAAUUACAUAUAAUUUGAAUCAUUUUACUACUGUUCUUUUUAAAAAGAAAAGCCUUUUUUUCUCUGACAGUAACAAGUACAUAGAAAAGGGGCGCCUGGACAGCUCAGUCGGUAGAGCGUGUGACUCUUGAUCUCGGAGUCCUGAAUUUGAGCCCCACGCUGGGCGUAGAGAUUACUUGAAAAAAAAAAGUACAGAGAAGAGUGUGUAAAAGGAAGAAAAAUGCAUUCAUAAUCAAGCUGUUUAUAUAUAUUUAGGGUAAACUUAUGAUGUUUUUUCAUUAGUUUUUCUGAGCUUUUUUUGGUAGUUGAGGUAAUAUUUUAUAUAUUCAGUCUUUGCACAUAGUCACAUACAUGUUUAAAACAUGUUUGUAUGACAUUCAAGUUGACAUAUUUUUGGAAGGCAAGGGAUAGAAGCCCAUUCCCAGAAAGCUAAAAAUGUCUUAGAAACACUGGAUUAUCAUAUUAAAGUUUAGAGGGCUUAUUUGUUUUGGCUGUACGCAUCAUUAAAGACAUUAAAAGCUAGAUUAAGGGCACCUGGGUGGCUCAGUCGGUUAAGUGUCCGACUUCGGCUCAGGUCAUGAUCUCACGGCUCGUGGGUUCGAGCCCCACAUCAGGUUCUCUGCUGUCAGCACAGAGCCCACUUCAGAUCCUCUGUCGUCCUCUCUCUGCCCCUCCCCUGCUCACUCACUCUCUCUCUCAAAAAUAAAUAAACAUUUUUUAAAAAGCUAGAUUAAGUUUUACAGAUAAUUUUCUAAAGUGAAUUCUUACCUCAAAUUCGAGUCCCUUCGAGAUAGGGGCACCUGACUGGCUUAGUCAGUAGAGCAUGCGGACUCUUGAGCUCAGGGUUGUGAGUUUGAGCCCCACCUGGAGUGUAGAGAUUACUCGAAAUUCUAAUCCCUUCUAAUGAUGUUUAAAAUAAUAUUUAGUAAAGAAGAAAUUAAUGUUAUGAAGUUCUUGCUGAUAACAAUUUCUGCAAGGGAUUACAGGGAACACAGUGCUGCUCACUUAAUGGUCUCUUUACAACUAUGGUGAAAAAACAUCAUCAAAGAGGUUCCUCAAAAAGCUAACCAUAGAAUUACCAUAGGAUUUCACCCUUAGGUAUAUACCCCAAAGAAUUGAAAACAGGGACUCACCCACUUGUAUGCCAGUGUUCGUUGUGGCAUUAUUCACAGUAGCCAAAAGGUGGAAACCACCAGCGCGUCCAUCAACAGAUGAAUGGAUAGACAAAAUGUGGUCUGUCCGUACGAUGGAAUCUUACUCUGCCAUAAGAAGAAAUGAAGUGCUGGUACAUGCUACAACUUACAUAAGCCUUGAAGACAUCAUGCUGAGUGAAAUAAGCUGGUCAUAAAAGAACAAAUACUGUACCACUCGACUUAUAUGAAAUAUUUAGAAUAGGUUGGAAAUAAUUUUAUUUUAAAAACAUCUAUCGUUUUGGCUCCCAUUUCUAUAUAUGUGAACUGUUUUUUUUAACUUCUGAAACACUGAAGAUUUUCCCUUUCCCCUUUUCUCUGAUAUUCUGAAAUGUAUGGAG